AUGUCCUUCGACACCGCACCUCUAUACAACCAGCCUGAGUACUCCGAUGUCACUAUCAGCUUCAGCGGUAGAAGCAUCUACUGUCACAAGGUUGUUCUAAGUACCAGCUCGGAGUAUUUCAAGAGGCUAGAGAGCGGUCGGAGAGAGAUUGAGCUGAAGGAAGACGACCCUGAUGCAGUGGAGUUCAUACUGGAGUAUCUAUAUUCGUUCGACAGCGAUGAGGAUGCAGCCCGUAAUGAGGAUUGGAAGCUGCAACUGCAAGUUGCCAAUGCUGCACACAAGGCGAGUGGCUCGUCUGCCCAGCCUUCGAUCCCGACUAACUACUCCCCAAAGCAUUUGCAUAAUCUUCUCAACCUGGAAGCAUACCGUGAGGUCGUCGAUCAGGACAGGACUCUGCUUUGGAAGCAUCUUGACCAUUUGAACGCCAAGUUUUCAGAACGCAGGAGUGCUGACAUUCAAGUUUGCCGUCGGUGCCCAAAACGAAGACUGCUUGCACGCAAUGAGAAAGCUUCGAAGUGCUCAUGUCGAUCGGAGCUCAACGAGAGAGACUACAAACGCCUUAAAGUCUGGGUGCCAAAGGACCAAUUGACUACGUACAAAAGUCAGAUCAUGCCGUACGGCUCCUGA